AUGGAUGACGUAGCAGGGAAUUACAUUUCGACAGAGAGAAUUCAAGCUAUCCUUGAUUACCAAUCUCUUAUCCAGUAUGUAGAAAGAGGUUUGGGACAUUUCUCUAAAAGAGGUGAGGUCGGCGUUGUUCAGCCACCAAGAACGGUUGUUCAUGUUAACAAAAGUGAUGGGUUCUUUGGUUGUAUGCCUGUUUACAGUGAAAUUGAUAACAUUUUGGUCACAAAAUUGGUGACAUUUUUCCCAAAUAACAAGGACAUUCCAACUCAUCAUGCUGUCAUCAUAGUGUUUGACACUGAGACAGGAGUUCCAAAAGCAAUACUUGAUGGAGCUGUGAUUACUGAGAGGAGAACAGCAGCUGCUUCUGUUGUUGCCACAAAGCAUUUGGUGAAUGGGAAUCCAAAAAUUUUAGCUGUGCUUGGGUCUGGUGUCCAGGCAAGGUCCCAUUACCGAGCACUGUCAGAGGUUUUUACAUUUGAUCAGGUUCGAAUUUGGAACCACAGAUUUGAAGGAGCACAGAGACUAGCCACAGAAAUUGGAGAGAAAUGUCUUGCGUGCUCUUCUGUACAAGAAGCAGUUUUAGGUGCUGAUGUGAUAGUCACUGUCACAAGUUCUAAAGUACCAAUACUUAAAGCUGAAUGGGUCAAACCUGGAGCUCAUAUUAAUGCUGUUGGUGCUUGCCGUCCAGACUGGUCAGAGAUUGAUCCCGAACUUAUGCGGUCAGCAGUUGUUUAUGUCGACAGCUAUGAGGGUGCUGAGAGAGAAAGUGGUGAUGUGUUACUGGCUCAGGAUAAGGUCUUUUUUGGGACCAAAGAAGGAUAUAGAAACAAAGUGACAGUUUUCAAGUCUUUAG